GCCAGCCCGAGCCCAAGCCGGAGCGGAGCCCGGGCGGCUCAUUGCGGAGCGAAGCUGCAGCCGCGAUGGCCACCACCGUCACCUGCACCCGCUUCACCGACGAGUAUCAGCUAUACGAGGAAAUUGGCAAGGGGGCUUUCUCAGUUGUGCGACGCUGUGUCAAACUCUGCACUGGACAUGAAUAUGCAGCAAAGAUUAUCAACACCAAGAAACUCUCCGCAAGAGAUCAUCAGAAGUUGGAGCGAGAAGCUCGAAUUUGCCGUCUCUUGAAGCAUUCCAACAUUGUUCGCCUCCAUGAUAGCAUAUCUGAGGAAGGCUUCCACUACCUCGUCUUUGAUCUGGUCACGGGUGGAGAGCUCUUUGAAGAUAUCGUCGCCAGGGAAUACUACAGUGAAGCCGAUGCCAGUCAUUGCAUCCAGCAGAUCCUGGAGGCUGUUCUCCAUUGCCACCAAAUGGGGGUCGUCCACAGAGACCUCAAGCCGGAGAACCUGCUUUUAGCCAGCAAAUGCAAAGGAGCGGCAGUGAAAUUGGCAGAUUUUGGCUUGGCGAUCGAAGUGCAAGGAGACCAGCAGGCCUGGUUCGGCUUUGCAGGCACUCCUGGCUACCUCUCUCCAGAAGUCCUACGUAAAGAAGCCUAUGGCAAACCUGUGGAUAUCUGGGCAUGUGGUGUUAUCCUUUACAUCUUACUGGUUGGGUAUCCUCCGUUCUGGGAUGAAGAUCAGCACAAGCUGUACCAACAGAUCAAGGCUGGAGCCUAUGAUUUUCCUUCUCCUGAGUGGGACACGGUCACCCCUGAAGCAAAAAACCUCAUAAACCAGAUGUUAACUAUCAACCCUGCAAAGAGAAUCACAGCUCAUGAAGCUUUAAAACAUCCAUGGGUCUGUCAACGUUCAACAGUGGCCUCCAUGAUGCACAGACAGGAGACUGUAGAGUGUCUGAAAAAAUUCAAUGCCAGAAGGAAGCUCAAGGGUGCAAUUCUUACCACUAUGUUGGCAACAAGAAACUUUUCAGUGGGCAGACAGACCACCGCUCCCGCCACAAUGUCUGCAGCAGCCUCCGGUGCCACCAUGGGGCUGGUGGAGCAAGCUAAAAGUUUACUGAACAAGAAAACUGACGGAGUGAAGGCUCAAACAAACAGCACCAAAGGCAGCGCCGGGGUCACCAGCCCGAAAGGGACUCUUCCUCCAGCCGCACUGGAACCUCAAACCACCGUUAUCCAUAACCCAGUGGACGGCAUUAAGGAAUCCUCCGACAGCACAAACACCACCAUAGAGGAUGAGGACACGAAAGCGAAGACUGCUGAUAGUGAGCUUGUAAAAAGCCAGUUGAAUCCAGGAAAUGCCCCUGAAAUUCCUCCCAGUCUGCAGACUUCACCGAUGCCAUCUGCUGCUGCUGCUGCUUCCACCAAACUGUCUGAUAUCUUUGGCAUGGUGAAAAAAGGAUCUGGGUUUCCAGAUGCUGAAGAGUCAAAGCCUUCAUCCACUCCAGCCUGUGUAUCUCCAGCUGCUGCAAACCCUCUGUCUCCCCAAUCUGCCAAGCUGUCUGAUGUACUAGGCAUGGUGAAAAAGGGUUCUGGACCCCCAGAGGCGGAAGGACCAAAACCUUGCAUCAGUUUGCCCUUCCCACCUCCAGUUGUUGCAAAUCCUCUUCCUCUCCAGUCUGCCAAGCUAUCCGAUGUAUUAGGCAUGGUGAAAAAGGGCUCUGGGCCCCCAGAUGCAGAAGUGCCAAAUCCCUCUGUCCCCCUGCCCUGCCCAUCCUCGAGUGGUGCAAACCCUCUUCCUUUCCAGUCUGCCAAGUUGUCCGAUGUCCUAGGCAUGGUGAGGCGGGGCUCUGGAGCCCCAGAAGCCGAGGGGCCACAGUCUGCUGUCAACCAGCUUUUCUUUCUUCCACUCAUCACAAACCCUCUCCCUUCUGAUCCCCGCAAGCAGGAAAUCAUCAAGAUAACUGAGCAGCUGAUCGAGGCUGUAAACAAUGGAGAUUUUGAGGCCUAUGCAAAAAUCUGUGAUCCAGGCCUAACUUCAUUUGAGCCGGAAGCCUUGGGCAACCUUGUGGAAGGAAUGGACUUCCACAGAUUUUACUUUGAAAAUUUGUUAUCUAAGAACAACAAGCCCAUUCACACAACCAUCCUGAACCCUCAUGUGCACGUCAUUGGUGAAGAUGCCGCAUGCAUCGCCUACAUCCGCCUGACACAGUACAUCGACGGGCAGGGCCGCCCUCGCACUUGCCAGUCUGAGGAGACCCGCGUCUGGCACCGCCGCGAUGGCAAGUGGCAGAACGUCCACUUCCACUGCUCGGGAGCACCGGUGGCACCACUCCAGUGAAGAACUUAUGCUGGCUGUUCUGGUUUCAUCUCGAAGGAGACGGUGAUUUGAGCUGAGCCGCUAGCCGGGAGCAGCGGUGACAAGCACGUGCCCGCAUGCUCGUGUCCCCUUCCCCAUCCUCCCGUCUUUCAUUUUCAGUGCCUGUGUUUGCAAAAAAAAAGAAAAAAAAGAAAAAAAAACACCACUCCCCAGAAAAAAGA